UCGCACACACGCGCAUUCGCUCUUCGCUCUCGCACUUGCUUUCUCGCCGGCGGCUCACCCCUGUCCCAUCCGGCCCGCCCAGGACGCGCCUCGUCGUCUCCCCGGCUGCAGGGUCGGCUGCCCGCGGCUGAGCGAGCUCGGGUCCCGAGCCGCGCGACUGCAGCGGGGCGCCCUCGCCAAGCGCGGUGCCUUGGCUACCCGGCCGCCUUCGCCGCGCGGGCACCGGCCAGGAGGCUUCCAGUGGGCUGCCCCUGCUGCCAUCCGAAACACUUCAGGAGCUUCUUGGCUAAGGGCCCCACGAGCCCACAGGGAGGCAGACCUCCAGGACGUCUUGCCCUGUGCUCCCAGCCCAGUUGCCACAACAAACAGCAGAGGAGACGUUGACCAUGGGGGAUGUGAAGCUGGCUGCCUCAACACAGGUUUCCAAAACCUCCAUCAGUGUGGAUCACUCGAGAGUCGGUUCCAUGCCCCUGACCGAGGCCCCUGCUUUCAUUGUGCCCCCUCGGAACCUCUGCAUCAGAGAAGGAGCCACCGCCAAGUUUGAAGGGAGGGUCCGGGGUUACCCAGAGCCCCAGGUGACGUGGCACCGAAAUGGGCAACCCAUCACCGGUGGGGGCCGCUUCCUGCUAGAUUGCGGUAUCCGGGGGACUUUCAGCCUUGUGAUUCAUGCUGUCCGUGAGGACGACAAGGGAAAAUAUACCUGUGAAGCCACCAAUGAUAGUGGUGCCCGCCAGGUGACAGUGGAGUUGACUGUAGAAGGGACCUUUGUGAAGAAGCACAGUCAGCCUGUUGUUUCCAAAACCUUGGGGGACAGAUUUGCAGCCCCCGCGGUGGAGACCCGUCCCAGCAUCUGGGGAGAGUGCCCACCGAAGUUUGCUACCAAGCUGGGUCGAGCCGUAGUCAAAGAGGGACAGAUGGGACGGUUCUCCUGCAAGAUCACUGGCCGGCCCCAACCCCAGGUCACGUGGCUCAAGGGAGAUGUUCCCCUGAAGCCAAGUGCCCGUGUAUCUAUGUCUGAGAAGAAUGGAGUACAAGUUCUGGAAAUCCAUGAGGUCAGCCGAGAUGAUGUGGGAGUGUACACGUGCAUGGUGGUGAAUGGGUCGGGGAAGGCCUCCAUGUCGGCCGAGCUUUCUAUCCAAGGUUUGGACAAUGCCAAUAGGUCAUUUGUGAGAGGAACAAAGGCAGCCAAAUCAGAUAUCAGGAAGGAAGUGACCAAUGGAGCGACGCAGGGGCCGAAACUGGGCAGCCUGGAGCCUGCAGCUGAAAGAAAAAACUGCUCUGGCACCCAGAGAGGUGGCUCCCCGACCUGGGCUACAGGUAGCCAUCCUCAGCCCCUGCGGGAGUCCAAGCUGGAGCCGUCUGGGGACCCACCUAGGAAAGCCCUGAGCAGCCCCAUCCUGCAGAAGACUUCCAGCACCAUCACCCUGCAGGCCGCAAAAGUCCAGCCGGAACCAAGAGCACUGGCCUCAGGCGCCCUCUCUCCUUCUGGAGAAGACGGGGAGAGGCCAGCUGCCCCCCCUCCGGCCACCCUCCCCACCAGGCAUUCUGGCCUGGGAAGCCAGGAGGUUGUGAGCAAGGUUGCUACCAGGAAAAUCCCCAUGGAGAGCCGGAGGGAUUACACAUUCCCCAAAUUUGAAAGCAAGCCCCAAAGCCAGGAAGUCAGUGAAGAUCAAAUAGUCAAGUUCAGAUGUGAGGUUUCAGGGACCCCAAAGCCUGAAGUGACCUGGUUCCUGGAAGGUGCCCCCGUGAGAAGACGAGAAGGCAUUGUUGAGGUUUAUGAGGAAGGCGGAUGCCAUCACCUCUGCCUGCUCAGAGCACGGGCCAGGGACAGUGGGAACUACAGCUGCACGGCCUCCAAUGUCCAAGGCCAGGUGUCCUGUGGCUGGACUCUCUUGGUGAAACAGCUGGCUGUGAUGGAGGUGGCUCCCUCAUUCUCCAGUGUCCUGAAGGACUGCACUGUCAUUGAGGGCCAGGACUUUGUGCUGCAGUGCUCAGUGCAGGGGAUCCCGGUCCCCCAAAUCACUUGGCUGCUCAAUGAGCAGCCCAUCCAGUAUGCUCACUCCUCCUGUGAGGCCGGUGUGGCCGAGCUCCACAUCCAGGACGCCCUGCCGGAGGACGAUGGCAUCUACACCUGUCUGGCCAAGAACACCUUGGGGCAGGUGUCCUGCAGCGCCCGGGUCACUGUCCAUGAAAAGAAGAGCGACAGGAAGAGUGGGUAUCUUCUGCCCGCGGCUCCCAGCAAGCCCGUCGCACCCCUCUUCCUGCAGGGCCUCUCUGACCUCAAAGUCAUGGAUGGAAGCCAGGUCACCAUGACAGUCCAGGUAUCAGGGAAUCCGCCCCCCGAGGUCAUCUGGUUUCACAAUGGGAAUGAGAUCCAGGAGUCCGAAGACUUCCACUUUGAACAAAGAGGGACUCGGCACAGCCUUUGUAUCCAGGAAGUGUUCCCGGAGGACACGGGCACUUACACCUGUGAAGCCUGGAACAGCGCUGGAGAGGUCCGCACCCAGGCAGUGCUCAUGGUGCAAGAGCCUCAGGAUGGCACCCAGCCCUGGUUCAUCAGCAAGCCCCGCUCAGUGACAGCCUCCCUGGGCCAAAGUGUCCUCAUCUCCUGUGCCAUAGCUGGAGACCCCUUCCCUACCGUGCACUGGCUCCGAGAUGGCAAGGCCCUCUCCAAAGACACUGGCCACUUUGAGGUGCUGCAGAAUGAGGACGUGUUCACGCUGGUUCUAAAGAAUGUGCAGGCCUGGCAUGCCGGCCAGUACGAGAUCCUGCUCAAGAACCGGGUUGGCGAAUGCAGUUGCCAGGUGUCACUGAUGCUACAGAGCAGCCCUACCAGAGCCCCCCUGCGGGGGAGGGAGCCUGCCAGCUGUGAGGGCCUCUGUGGCCGGGGAGCCAGUGCUGAUGGUGGUGGCGGUGACCGCUAUGGGACCCUGAGGCCCGGCUGGCCAGCAAGAGGGCAGGGUUGGCCGGAGGAGGAAGACAGUGAGGACGUGCGGGGAGUGCUGAAGAGACGCGUGGAGACCCGGCAGCACACGGAGGAGGCCAUCCGCCAGCAGGAGGUGGAACAGCUGGACUUCCGUGACCUCCUAGGGAAGAAGGUGAGCACCAAGAGCGUGUCAGAAGAGCACCUAAAGGAGAUCCCAGCCGAGCAGAUGGAUUUCCGCGCCAAUCUGCAACGGCAAGUGAAGCCAAAGACUGUGUCAGAGGAAGAGAGGAAGGUGCAUAGCCCUCAGCAGGUAGACUUCCGCUCGGUUCUGGCCAAGAAGGGGACUCCUAAGACCCUGGUCCCUGAGAAGGCACCGCUUCCGAAACCCGCCACCCCAGAUUUCCGCUCGGUGUUAGGCAGCAAGAAAAAAUUACCAGCAGAGAAUGGUAGCAACAAUGCCGAGGCCUUGAAUGCCAAGGCAGCAGAAAGUCCAAAGGCUGUGGGCAAUGCCCAGGCUUUAGGGUCCCUGAAACCCUCAGGCAAUGCCAAGCCUGCCGAGACCCUAAAACCUCUGGGCAACGUCAAGCCUGCCGAGUCCCCCAAACCCGUGGAUAACGCCAAGCUUGCUGAGACGCUGAAACCCUUGAGUAAUGCCAAGCCUGCUGAGACCCCAAAACCUGUGAGCAACACCAAGCCUGUCGAGACCCCGAAAUCCGUGAGCACCACCAAGCCUGCUGAGACCCCAAAAUCCAUGGGCAACGCCAAGCCUGCUGAGACUCCGAAAUCCGUGGGUAAUGCCAAGCCUGCUGAGACUCCGAAAUCCAUUAGUGCCACCAAGCCUGCUGAGACCCCGAAAUCCAUGGGCAAUGCCAAGCCGGCUGAGACCCCGAAAUCCGUGGGCAACGCCAAGCCUGCUGAGACCGGAAAAACAGCUGGGAAGGAAGAACUCAAGAAGGAGGUUAAGAAUGAUGUGAACUGCAAGAGGGGGCAUGCAGGAGCCACAGAUAAUCAAAGCAGAUCAGAGAGCCAUGGGACAGCCCCAACCUUCAAGGAGAAGCUACAAGAUGUCCACGUGAUGGAGGGCCAGAAGCUGCUACUCCAGUGUCAGGUGUCCUCUGACCCCCCCACCACCAUCACCUGGACGCUGAAUGGAAAGACACUCAAGACCACCAAGUUUAUCGUCCUCUCCCAAGAAGGUUCACUGUGCUCUGUCUCCAUCGAGAAGGCAUUGCCCGAAGACAGAGGCGUAUACAAGUGCAUAGCCAAGAAUGGCGCCGGCCAGGCUGAGUGCUCCUGCCAAGUCACCGUGGAUGAUGCUCCUGCCAGGGAGAAUGCCAAGGCCCCGGAGAUGAAAGCCCGGAGGCCCAAGAGCUCUCUUCCCCCAGUGCUAGGAACAGAGAGUGAUGCAACUGUGAAAAAGAAACCUGCCCCCAAGACACCUCCAAAGGCAGCCAUGCCCCCUCAGAUCAUCCAGUUUCCCGAAGACCAAAAGGUGCGCGCGGGAGAGUCUGUGGAGCUGUUUGGUAAAGUGGCAGGCACCCAGCCCAUCACCUGUACUUGGAUGAAGUUCCGAAAGCAGAUCCAGGAGAGCGAGCACAUCAAGGUGGAGAACAGCGAGAAUGGCAGCAGGCUCACCAUCCUGGCCGCACGCCAGGAACACUGUGGCUGCUACACUCUGCUGGUGGAGAACAAGCUGGGCAGCAGACAGGCCCAGGUCAACCUCACUGUUGUGGACAAGCCAGACCCCCCGGCCGGUACACCGUGCGCCUCUGACAUCCGGAGCUCCUCGUUGACCCUGUCCUGGUAUGGCUCCUCAUAUGAUGGGGGCAGUGCCGUGCAGUCCUACAGCGUCGAAAUCUGGGACUCAGUGGACAAAACGUGGAAGGAACUAGCCACAUGCCGCAGCACCUCUUUUAACGUCCAGGACCUGCUGCCAGACCGAGAGUAUAAGUUCCGUGUGCGUGCAGUCAACGUGUACGGAACCAGUGAGCCGAGCCAGGAGUCUGAACUCACAGCAGUGGGAGAGAAACCAGAGGAGCCAAAGGACGAAGUGGAGGUGUCAGAUGAUGAUGAGAAGGAACCUGAGGUCGACUACCGGACGGUGAUUGUCAAUACUGAACACAAAGUGUCUGACUUCUACGACAUCGAAGAGAGACUAGGCUCUGGGAAAUUUGGACAGGUCUUUCGACUUGUAGAAAAGAAAACUGGAAAAAUCUGGGCAGGGAAAUUCUUCAAGGCAUAUUCAGCAAAAGAGAAAGAGAAUAUCCGGCAGGAGAUCAGCAUUAUGAACUGCCUCCACCACCCCAAGCUGGUCCAGUGUGUGGAUGCCUUUGAAGAAAAGGCCAACAUCGUCAUGGUCCUGGAAAUUGUGUCGGGGGGUGAGCUGUUCGAGCGCAUCAUUGACGAGGACUUUGAGCUGACGGAGCGGGAAUGCAUCCAGUACAUGAGGCAGAUAUCGGAGGGGGUGGAGUACAUCCACAAGCAGGGCAUCGUCCACCUGGACCUCAAGCCUGAGAACAUCAUGUGUGUCAAUAAGACUGGCACCAGAAUCAAGCUCAUCGACUUUGGUCUGGCCAGAAAGCUGGAGAAUGCAGGAUCUCUGAAGGUCCUCUUUGGCACCCCAGAGUUUGUGGCACCUGAAGUGAUCAACUAUGAGCCCAUCGGCUAUGCCACGGACAUGUGGAGCAUCGGCGUCAUCUGCUACAUCCUGGUUAGUGGACUUUCCCCCUUCAUGGGUGACAACGAUAAUGAAACCCUAGCCAACGUGACCUCAGCCACCUGGGAUUUCGACGAUGAAGCGUUCGAUGAGAUCUCUGAUGAUGCCAAAGAUUUUAUCAGCAAUUUGCUGAAGAAAGAUAUGAAAAACCGCCUGAACUGCACCGAGUGCCUUCAGCAUCCGUGGCUAAUGAAAGACACCAAGAACAUGGAGGCCAAGAAACUCUCAAAGGACCGGAUGAAGAAGUACAUGGCAAGGAGGAAAUGGCAGAAAACGGGCAAUGCUGUGAGAGCCAUUGGAAGACUGUCCUCUAUGGCAAUGAUCUCAGGGCUCAGUGGCAGGAAAUCCUCAACAGGAUCACCAACCAGCCCGCUCAAUGCAGAAAAAUUAGAAUCUGAAGAAGAUGUGUCCCAAGCUUUCCUUGAGGCUGUUGCUGAGGAAAAGCCCCAUGUAAAACCCUAUUUCUCUAAGACCAUCCGUGAUUUAGAAGUUGUGGAGGGAAGCGCUGCUAGGUUUGACUGCAAGAUUGAAGGAUACCCAGACCCUGAAGUUGUCUGGUUCAAAGAUGACCAGUCAAUCCGGGAGUCCCGCCACUUCCAGAUAGACUACGACGAGGAUGGGAACUGCUCUUUAAUCAUUAGUGAUGUUUGCGGGGAUGACGAUGCCAAGUAUACCUGCAAGGCUGUCAACAGUCUCGGAGAAGCCACCUGCACAGCAGAGCUCAUUGUGGAAACCAUGGAGGAAGGGGAAGGGGAAGGAGAAGAGGAAGAAGAGGAAGAGUGAAAGCCAGAGAGAAGCAGUUUCUAAGUCGUCUUACAAAGACUAUUUCUCUAAAGCUCAAAAAAUCCAAGAUAGUAAAAGCACCUAGUGUGAUAGAUUAUCUAGUUAGGUCUUUUGGGGGUUGAUUGUUCUGCAACAGCAGUUGACACCUAGCAGCAGUUAUUGAUGGGCAUUAAUUUGAAUUAGCUGGCACCUUAAGACACUACCAGUAACUUGCCUGAUCAGUUGACUUUAAAGAGAAAGUAACCAAAAGAAAUCUUUAUCUGGGUAAGGUCAUAAAUUCCUUAACUGAAAGCACUCAUGAAAAAUAAGGCCCUGUGGUCACAGCCCAGAAGGUCCCUGGAGAAAGAGAUCUCUCUCUCCCAGCUCCUAACUACAGAGAACCGAGUCUCCUCCAGCCCUGCAGCACGCCAUUCUGAAAGCAGUUGAGCCAUUUGAACGUAUGAGGCACAUUUUAUUCCAAAGUAUACUUUACACAUUCAAACUUCAUUUCUCUCCCCUGAUGUAUCUACCCGUUUUUCUGGAUCUGAAUUUGCCAUGAGUUUAAGCACUAAGGACAUUAUGCUUCUUAGAUUCUGAAGACAGGUCCCCUGCUCAUGGGUGGCUGGCUUCUUUAGGAGAAUAGAAUCUCUUUUCUUCCAAAAUCAGUAGCAAAUCUAAACUUAUCCCCUCUUUGCAGAUGUCUAGCAGCUUCAGACAUUUUUGUAAGAACCUGUGAAAAAAAAAAUCCUUGCUAAUGUGCUUUUCUUCUGAAACCAGGAUUCGUAUUUGUGCUGUUAUAGAAGAUCAGCUCUGCAUGUGUGGUAAAGAUUUCUGUGUUUGAAUGUAUGAAAAACCAGUUUCCUAAAAAGUUAGUCUUAAUUAUUUAUUGGCCGCUGUGAAACGGAUUUCAACUGAUGAAGGGCUGUAGAACUGCACAUACUUUGGAAUCUCCUUCAGGGUAGUCUGAGUUUAACACGCCUUCAAUUCUAAACACUCUCCAGAGGACUCUACCUACCUUAUGGGUUCCACGAUGUUUUCUUCUUGAAUGUGCAUCAGUCAUGCCUUGCCCCCCAGCCUUCAAAUGUAUUCUUAGACCUGAUAAAUGCACUCAGACUUGCAUCUUUAGAAAUUUUUCUUUCACUACAUUGGCACUUAAAUUUUUCUUUAUAAACUUUUUGAAGGUCAUAAACAAAGACUAUAAACUAAUAUGCCUAAUACAUUUCCUCUGAGUGUGUGUGUGUAACAUUCCAAAUACUUUUUUCUUUUCCACUGUUUGUAAAGUGCAGCAAUUUAAUAUUUGAAGGGACUUUUUAAUAGUUCCUCAAGAACCAAUUUGAAAUGACUUCAGUGCAACCCUACACAGGAUCAACUUCAGAACUUUGAUAGUAGUCUUAUGUUACCUUCCAUUCUAUUUUUAUCUGCUUUUUGCUGCUAGUUUCAAAUUUGCCAGUAUUUUUUCUUUUUGCUUUUUUAGCAGUUACAAUUUUUUCAUAAUAGCCACAGUAUUGCCACGGUUUAUAAUAAAGGGUUUUAAAAUUUGAUUUAGAGCUUUUGAAGCUUUUCUUCACUUAACUGUGUUUAGAAGACUAUAACCUUUGUGUGCAUGUAUGUUGUGUGUGUGUGUGCAUGUGUGGUGUGUUUGUUACAGAUUUUUAAUGUCUUGAAAUUGUGUUAAUGUUCUCGCAGUUUAUUAUGCCAUCAGAAUGGUAAAUGAGAACACUACAACUGUAGUUAGCUCACAAUUUUUAAAUAAAGGAUACCACAGUGCA